AUGUCCAAUACAGUGAGAAACCAGCUGCCGGACGCAUCAAACCAGCUGCGACCUGGAGAUCGCCCAGAGAACGGAGAUAAUUCACAAAGGACAUCGGCAACGCAAGCAGAACCUCCACCCCGUCAUGUCCCCGAGAUUCAAGACGACGGCAUCACCGCCUUGUGGACUCCUCCAGAUCCCACCCAGAUCCUCGCCGAUAUAUACUUUGUACACGGUCUAACGGGACACCCUUUCAAGACGUGGCAUCACUCGUCAAGGAAGUUCAAGAUAUCAAAAUUCCUCAAGCGAGGCUCCAGUGCAGACAUAGACCGAUUUGACAGCGCCAUACCCUUGUGUUCACGGACCCGGGGAUGCUACUGGCCUCUAGAUCUACUCCCCAAUGACUUCGACAAUGUACGAAUAUUCACCUGCGGCUACAAUGCGUGGCCCACGAACUUCAUAUUCGGAGGAAAUCGAAUGAACAUAUCGCAACACUCUCAAAAUCUUCUUCAACGCAUUCAUAGCACACGCACAGCUUGUCGAGGCAGACCCAUCAUAUUCGUAGGCCAUGGCCUAGGAGGAAUUCUCAUCAAGGAUGCAGUGCUGGAAUCUGGCAAAUACAGGGAACAGCCUGCACUCAAGGAUAUCAGUGAUUCCUGUACUGCCAUGUUCUUCUUCGGCACGCCACACCGUGGUACCGACGCAGCAAGGUACGGGGUGAAGCUGGGCAUGGCAUCAGAGGUGCUUGGCCUGUACAUCAACAAAAGCAUUUUGAGAGCUCUACAACGCAACGGUGAAUACCUGAGUGCCAUUGAACGCGAUUUCAACGAUCUGCUCAAUGACCCGAUACCACCGAGCGAAAAGAUCCAGAUCUGUAGCUUCCAGGAGGGGAGGGCACUGACUGGCCUCAGGUUCUUCCCGGUAAAAAAGGUCGUGGAUGAUUCGUCCGCCUUCUUCAAUCGUAGGGACAUCGAGCAGACUUUCUUCAUCGACCAGCACCACAGAAACAUGACGCGGUUCAAAUCAGCCAGCGUGGCCAGCUACGUCGAUUUCAAGACAGCUGUGGGAGAGUUCUUGCGCAAGAUCGACGCUGACAGACAUAAGAACGCCGAUGGCCAACUAGGCAACUGA